UCUAAUUAAAUCUGCAUAGAGUUUUUGUAUUGGCAAAAUGUCUGACAAAUUUAAAGUAAUUGACCAUGUCACCUUUGAAAGAAUGCAACAAAGUAGCAGUAAAGCAGCAGCUACAACUGCCGUGCCAAAAAUACGCAAUUCCAAAUACAAGCGUAUGACUGCCACAUCCAAUUUCAAUUUGAUGCAGUUUGUCAAAGUCAAACAGCGAGGCAAGUCAUCGGAAUUGGGGAAGAGAGUUAAAAUACGAAAACGUAUUGUUGUGGCGACAAAGAAAAAAGGUAAACAGCGGGAAAAUGGUAAAGCAAAGAAGCCUAGCCGUCUGAAAAAGUCCAUUUUACAAUAUCGCCAAAAGAAACGGGAAGAGGCCCAGUUGGAGCAGCAAAUAACAGACUCGGUGCAUAAAUUGAUGCACUUAAAAGUGAAAGAUGAUAGUACAGAAAAUGAAAACAGAACUUCUGGGUUAUAUUCAAGGAAAUUCCGAGCAUAUUGUAAUUGUUGUACAACGUCGGAUUUGAAGCAAUAUUGUGAACAGCUUAUAAGGGAACUAAAUCAUUUUCAGCGACGAGCAUAUGCCCAAAAUGAAAUCAAGGCUAGAGCUCAUAGACGUUUUGUUGUUGGAUUUCGUCAAGUUCAAAAUUAUUUGCGUAUAAAUAAAAUAAAAUUAGUUAUUAUAGCAACAGAUUGUGAGCAUAAUGAAGGAGAUGUUAGUUUAGAUGAUACUAUUGAAAGUAUUAAGACUAUAUGUAACGAUCAACAAAUACCAGUAGUGUUUGCAUUUCGGAGACGUGAAAUGGCUUAUUUUCUUUACAAAAAGGCAUCUAUCAGUUGUAUUGGUAUUUUAGAUUAUGAUGGAGCUCGUGAUAUAUUUUCAAACCUAAUGGAAGCUUUAAGAAAAGCACGCGAAAUGUAUGAAUCUCUUUUAAAGAAUAAUUAAAUAUAUAUUAUUGUAUAAAAUAUAUGAAUGGAUUAAAUUGUUUUUGUUUGACAUUU